UUCAAUGUUAUGAUUCUAAGCAAGUGUAAGUCUACAUUAGAAAUAAUGGAGAUUUUUCUAUUUUCCGUCAAUUUCAAUCGUCAAUCUUUGUAUCCCUCAGUAUUCUUCACAUAGAUUUUCCAUUUAUAAUGUCCGUAAUCAUGGAAAACAGAAAUUUCAGUGAUAAAGUGGAAGCUUACUUUUCGGAGCUAGGGCGACGGAAAGUGUGGGGAAGUAUUAUGCUGGGACAGAUAUUGUCUUUUAUAUUAAGUGGCAAAUGCAUACUAACAGCACUACUGCAAAGUGCUACAUGGCAAUUUCCCACCACAGCUCAGCUGAUUAUUCCAUAUUUAUUGCUAUUUAUUUUAUUUACACCGUCUUUGCUAUGUGCGGACUUCAAAAAAUUGACCAAAAGAUGGUGGGUUUUAAUCAUGGCAUGCACUUUGGAUGUGGAAGCAAACUGGUUAAUGGUUACAUCCCAGAGGUUUACAUCUGUACUUAGCUGACAGCUGCUUGCCUGUAGUGG